AUGGGCGAUGCAUUGCUAGUGGGCCCGUCCGAGCCCGUGCUGCCGUUAUCGCUUGGUUCUAUCGAGUCUGAAUCAACGUUGUCUGGAGUGGUCUUUGGUGUUGACGACGGUGUGAUGCGCAUUGGUGAUGGGUGGGCGAUUGAUGAAGAUGAAGGUGGUGUAGUGUCAAUGUUCCUCGGCGAGGGUAGCUCGUUGUGUGGUGGUGCCUUGUCGCGCUCCAUGACCAUUCUCGAACUCGUGCCGCCACUACCACCCAACCUAUGUUUACUACUGCUGCUGUCGUCCUGCAUUGAUCCACCCGAUAAAGAGCGCGCAGGAGAUGGUGGCGGCAGCAGAGAUGAAUGUGUGCUCGAGGGCACGGGCGACACAGACAUCUCCAUUGGCGUCGGUAUCAGCUCUUUGAGAUUAGUUGAGGAGAACGAUGGCAGUAUGGAUGGCGGCGUGGACACGCCCCCAUGUACAUCGACCACCGACGAAUCGUCGUUGAGGAAAGAUGUCGACGCUGACACUGUCGCCAAAGAUGUGGGCAUGUUGUUGCUCUUGUACGGCGAGAAUGUCAGGCCGCGCCAGAUAUCGUCCAAGCUGUUGCUGUUGCUGUUGGUUAUUCGGUUGGGCGUGCCAACGCGCCAGUCCUCCGACACGAGCAUCAAGUCCUCCAGGCUGGACUUUGACUUUACGCGCUCAAUACGAUGUGGUGUGCUGUUACUUGAACGAUCGCGUAGCAACGACGAAGAGUUGCCACCCAUGCCCGCUGACAACAACUGA